AUGAAGUUCCUCGUCUUCUCCUGCGCCCUGCUCGCGUUGGCGGUCGCGCAACCGGCCAAAAAUGAGAACUGGAAGAGCGCCAUGGACGAGAUGGUCGACCAGAGCAGGUCCGAGUGCGCGCAGAAAAACGACGAGGUUGCGUGCAUGAAGUUCAAGGUGUUCAACCUGCUCGAUCAGGUCUUCAGCAAGGAUAACUUCAAGGUGUCCGAGUCGGUGGAAGUUACGCGCAACUCGCACCCCGUCGAGGAAGUGUCCGGCCGUAGCGAGAUCUCCUUCCUCGACACCGUGCAAAACUACUUGGCCUCUCACGACGUGACCUUCAAGCUGCCGCUUGACUCCGCCGUGAAGGUGAGCUCGCGCAACAUCGAGGACGACCAGCUCACCUUCGACGUGAAGUUCGGCCAGGGCCGCGCCGUCGACGAGGCCCGCAAGUCCAAGCUGAAGAAAGUCGUCAUCCCAAUCCUCGUGUUCGUCCUGCUGAAGGCGAUGACUCUGAUCCCCCUAGCCAUCGGUGUGCUCGGCUUGAAGGCCUGGAACGCCCUGCAGCUCUCGUUCUUCAGCUUCAUCGUGUCGGUCGGCAUGGCCAUCUUCCAGCUAUGCAAGAAGAUCGCCGCCGACAGCCACGGCGCGCCGAUCGCCCACGGGCCUUGGGAGUACCAGACCCAGUACAGGUCUUUCCAGGACCAGCCGUCGUCGUCGCAGCUCGCGCACAAUCUCGCGUAUUCCGCUCACGCGCAAUCCUAA